GCCCUGUGAACCCUUGGACUUGCCAGGCAGCAUGUUCCCCGCCGUGACUUAUAGGUUGGCAAGAACAUCAACUUAUUACGAGUGCACCGUGCCUUCUUCAAAAAUGAAAGGCACGGGGUAUUUCACAUGUCAUUCUAGGUAUGAAAUGUGACUGAGUCAUCGAAUACCUAGGCAAGUCAUCCUAAUAAUCAACCGAAUGCCGACCUGGCCGUAGCCGGCUCAAGUCUAUUAGAGCCCCUCAUCCAUAACAAAGACUCUAACCUGGACAGCAUCUGAUACUUGAUCACCAGACCACUUCCCAGUCCAAACAUCAUGUCACCCUCCCUCAUUCAUCCACUGUCGUCCAUCAAGGCGCUCACAUUCGACGUCUUUGGCACCGUCGUCAACUGGCGCCUCUCCGUCGUCGACGAACUCAGCCUCCGGGCCCAUCGCAAACUCAACAGCCUACCGGAUGACGCGCCCCUCAGAGACCGCCUGUCGCCGAUGGACUGGUCGCACUUCGCACAGCAAUGGCGGGACACGUACGGCCGCUUCACAAAGGGCUACGACCCGGAGCGGGAUACCUGGAAGUCCGUGGACCAGCACCAUCGCGACAGCCUCGUGGAGCUACUGAGAGAGUAUCGCCUCGAGGACCUGUACACGGAUGCGGAGAUUACGUCUCUGAGCCUGGUAUGGCACAGGCUCACGCCGUGGGAUGACUCGUCUGCCGGGAUCCAGACGCUCAAUAGUCAACACAUCAUCACCUCCACACUGUCCAAUGGCAACACGUCGCUCCUGCAGGAUCUCGCCGACUUUGGCUCGCUGCCGUUCCAGCAUCUGCUGUCGGCAGAGAUUUUCAAGGCAUACAAGCCCAACCCGGCUACCUAUCGGGGUGCAGCCCGAGCGCUUGGGGUCGACAUUGGUGAGGUGGCCAUGGUGGCGGCGCAUCUCAACGACCUCAAGGCCGCCAGGGACUGUGGCAUGAAGACUAUCUAUGUGCAGAGGGCACAAGAAGAGGCAUGGAGCGAGGAUGAUGAGAGAUACAAGGACGCCAAGAACUGGGUGGACAUGUGGGUUUCACAAGACGAGGGUGGCUUCGAGGAGGUCGCGCGGCGCCUGUCAGAGGUGAGGUGAUGUGUGCAGUACAUUGUCGAAAACGUCCCGUCAGAAUA